AAUUCUAAGCUGCAAAUAUAUAACAUAUAAUAUUUAAUAUCUAUCCAUAUUUUUAUUUAUUUAUUUAUUUAUUUUUUAUGUGGAUACGGAAGUAGAAGCUGUCAAUGCCUUUCGUCUCUGCUCUCUACCUGACGACGAUCUGAACCUUCUCAGUUUUUUUUUCUAUCUCUUUGAAGAAAACCAAACAAAAAAAAGCUUUUAGUGGUUGUUCUCCGUGCUUGUUUAGUUUUGAUCCUGUUUCAAAACGUUCUCUUCUUUUCUUUUUUUUUGUUUUGUUUUGUUUUGUUUUUUUUUUGGUUUUUUUUUUCCCCUCUGUUUUAGCUGUGUGUGUGUUCGUGUCCGUCGCUCAUUGUUGUAUAUAGAUGUGUAAAUAUAUGCAUAAUUUGGUUUAUGGACGAAGAGAGGCUUAAGAGAUUUUGUGCAGUGGUGAAGAUUGAGAGAGUUUUAGCAUAAGUUUUUUUUUUAAAAAAAAAAAAAAAAAAGCAAAAAAAAAGUCCGAGCUGUUUUUUUAGGCUCGGGUGAAUCCGAAAUCAUGGAGGCUAAGAGAGAGUUCAAAAGCUGCAUCAAUGGAGAAUCAAACCAGGACUCUUUCUAUUUGCAGAAAUUCAAACUCUACGAGACUCGCUCGAACUUCUACAUGAUAGGAAGAGAUAAGAACAGAACUAUUUGGAGGGUGUUAAAGAUUGAUAGAUCUGAUCCUUCUGAGCUGAACAUUUGGCAAGAUUCUGCUACAUACUCAGAAAAUGAAUGCUAUGAUCUUCUGAGAAGGGUAGAUGAAGGAAACAAGGCCAUUGGUGGACUUAAAUUUGUCACAACUUGUUAUGGAAUCAUUGGGUUUGUGAAAUUUCUGGAACCUUAUUACAUGCUGGUUAUUACAAAAAGAAGGAAGAUUGGGGCAAUUUGUGGUCAUACAAUAUAUGCCAUUACGAAGAGUGAGAUGAUUCCAGUUCCAAAUUCCACUGUGCGGUCAAAUUUGGCUUAUUCUAAGGAUGAGAACAGAUACAAGAAGUACCUAUGCACAGUGGAUCUCACGAAGGACUUCUAUUUCAGCUACUCAUACAAUAUCAUGCGUUGUCUUCAAAAGAACUUAUGUGAUAAUAGGACAGGACCAUUCCUUUAUGAAACAAUGUUUGUUUGGAAUGAGUAUUUAACACGUGGAAUCCGAAAUACCCUCGAUGAUACUCUAUGGACAGUUGCCUUAGUAUAUGGCUUUUUUAAACAGGUUGAUCUUUCUGUAUCUGGUAAGGACUUCAAGUUGACACUUAUUGCCAGACGGUCACGUCAUUAUGCAGGAACCAGAUACUUAAGACGGGGUGUAAAUGAGAAGGGCAGAGUAGCUAAUGAUGUUGAGACAGAACAGAUUGUUAUUGAGAAUGCUCCUGAAGGAUUCCAAAGGAAAAUAAGUUCUGUGGUACAGCACAGAGGCUCGAUUCCCCUUUUCUGGUCCCAUGAAACUUCACGGAUGAAUAUCAAACCUGACAUCAUAUUGUCAAGAAAGGACCCAAACUAUGAAGCCACAAGGCUUCAUUUUGAAAAUCUUUUCAAGAGAUAUGGAACUCCCAUAAUAAUUUUAAAUUUGAUUAAGAGGCGUGAGAAGAAGCCGAGAGAAACAAUCCUUCAUAGAGAGUUUACAAAUGCUAUUAGUUUUAUAAAUAGAAAUUUAACACCGGAAAAGCGCCUUAGGUUUCAUCACUGGGAUCUACACAAACAUUCUAGAAGCAAAGAAACCAAUGUUUUGUUGCACCUCGGAAAGGUGGCUGAAAAAGCAUUGGAAAUAACUGAAGUCUUCUACUGUCAAGUAACCCCAAAUUUAAGGCCUGUGGAAUUGUUUAAUGGUUCUUGCUUUGAGAAUAACACUAGCGGUGACCGCUCUUUGGAAAAGCUUUCUAGUGAAAAUGAGAGUGCUGAUUACAUGGAAACAAAAAUUUGCAAUAGUAUUGGAAGUGAUAGCGGUGCUGGUAGUGGUAGCAGUUGUGAUUAUGGCUCCAAAUCUCUGAUGUUUCAGAAAGGGGUCCUAAGGACCAAUUGUAUUGACUGCCUAGAUCGUACAAAUGUUGCACAGUAUGCUUAUGGCCUAGCUGCUCUUGGAUUUCAGCUAAAUGCAUUAGGAUUUUUAGAAUCCUCAAAGAUUGAUCUUGAUGACCCUUUGGCUAAAGAUCUAAUGGACUUGUACGAGACCAUGGGUGACAUACUUGCAUUACAAUAUGGUGGUUCUGCAGCUCACAACAAGGUAUUUUCUAAAAGACGAGGUCAAUGGAGUGCAACUACUCAGUCUCAAGAGUUCAUUAGAACAUUACAGCGGUUUUACAAUAAUACUUAUGUGGAUGGCGAGAAGCAAAAGGCUAUUAAUUUAUUCUUGGGACAUUAUCAACCGCAACAGGGAAAACCAGCUCUAUGGGAAUUGGAUUCUGACCAGCACUACAAUGUCGGGAGGUGUGACCUUCAUUUUGCAGAUGAGAAUGUUAGGCUGACGAUUAAAAGAUCACUAUCAGAUGGCAAUAUUCUUUGUGAAAGUGACUCCCAAAUGGCAAGCACAGAUAUUGCAGACAAUCAGCUUUCAUCUGAAGCAGCACAAGGAAAUAACAAAGGUCUUUCGGAUUCUGCGCCGGAGAUUUCAACUAUAAAAUGUCCCAUGUCUUAUUGCAGAUGUGCUCCCCCUAUUUCUAACGAGCAAAUUUUCAGAGGGCUGCAAGAGGAUAAAUUGCUUGAUAGUGAUCAUGUUUCUUGUGAACAUGAUGAUGAUUGUAACUUCUCCAAUUUUCUGGAUUCAAACUGGCUAUCUUCAUCUGGAAAUUCUUGUGAAGAAGAUUCCCAUGGAAGCCUUUCACCAAAAGAUGUUGUGAAAGGACUAAAAAUUGAAAUGACUACGUCUAGACAUGAAUCUGGCUCUUUCCAUAAGGGGCAGGAGCACACCGAACCGGAGCUCAAUAAUGAUGGCGUCGUGGCUGAAUUUUCCAAGAGCUUUGUUGACUGGGUAGUUGAAGGGGGUUUGCUGUCACAUGGAAGUUAAGUUGAAGGCUUCAUUAUUAACAUUACAUCAUCUGAUUCAACCCAUCCGAAGGAUAGGGUCCAUGUACAGAAAAUAAGGGAUGAGAGACCAACCAAAGGAGAACGGUAAAGAAUUUGUAAAGGCAGGUGAAAAUUCAUUCUUGAUCAUGUGAUAAUUCACUUAUUUGCUUCAACAGCAAGCUGCUGUUUAACAUGUUAUAGAAGUUUAGUAGAUUUCGUUUUUCUCAACAUUGCCGGUUUUGUAGGUUCCUAACUCACAGAAAUCAUUGACCCUGUAAAUAUUCGAUGUACACAUUCUGGAUUUUUGGCUAAACUUACGAGCAUUACAUUUCAA